AAACGGCCCCGAACUGCCGCGGCAACCACCACAGAGGAGCCCAAAGCCAGCCCAAACGCAAGGAGCUGGACGCCGGCCGCCGGCCGCCGGCCGCCGAGAGCGCUGCUUUCUCCCCCGCUGCCGACUGCCACAAUACGAGAGCCAAGGCGGCUCCUUCGAAUCUCCUGCGGCCACACCGGCUGCUGCCGGAGCGCAGUCCGCCGCGCUGUUCCUCCCUGACUGGCCGUGUGGGGAACGGCGCCCGUCUGCGGUCGGCGACGGCGCCAUGUACAACCACGGUCCUGCUGCUGCUGCAUGAAUGACACUAUUCCAGACAGGGGAAUGAUACAAUUGCAACAGUUGCAGACGCCAUUUUACAGAGUGGUGAAACUUCUCAUGCAACUUGAACGGUAAAAUAUUUACAGCUUACUGUAACAUGUUUGCAGGUGAAGAUUUUAGCUAGUGAUCAUCAGAUAUGUGGCAGUAGUUUUCACAUCUUUGGCUACUGAUCACAUCUCACUAGUGAACAAAAUCGUGGUUGGCCAUCGCAAUCGUGUGUUAAGGAUGGUAGGUAGAACACAUUUCAGGCCACCAAAAAGUAUAUAUAUAUAUGCCAUGGAUAUUCCAAAUUUGACAUGUUAGUAUGUUGCUAUCUGCUACACAAUUCAUUAAUGUCUGUCCAUGAGCGUCGACCUGUUAAUUAGCCUGACGGCGGCUCCCAUGUCCCGACCGCAUCAUCAUCAGCAUAGUACAAACAACAGCCUGAGGAAUAACAAAGCCUUGGCCACCCAAGAAACAAACCAACCACCUUGGAAGUAACACCCGCCCGGUUGCUCGCUUCUUCGAACUUGAAAAAAAUCGCCCGGCCUCCGAGCAAGAACACAAGAACAACACGGUCGGUUUCCUCGGCACGACACACCAGGUCAGCAGCGCACACACAUUUCUUUUCCGGUUCCGGUUUCGGGUCCUCUCUAUCAUUUAAAAUUCUCAACGAAACGGGAAAUAACAUACUGCUAAACAAUGGCGUGCCGUCUCUUAAUCACUUGCUUUCUUUUUUGGGUGAGAAUAAUCAGUUGCUUUCCUUGGCAUGCCAUUGUUUAGAAGUAGUUCAAUGCUGCAAUCUUAUCCUAUUGGAUUUGCCAAACGUGCACGGUCUUCUUCGUACUCCCUCCGUCCCAAAAUUCUUGUCUUAGAUUUGUCUAGAUACGGAUGCAUCUAACACUAAAACGCAACUAGAUACAUCCGUAUUUAGACAAAUCUAAGACAAGAAUUUUGGGACGGAGGGAGUACUAAAUACAGGAUAUAUUGCUGCUGCGAGGAAUAGACAAGGUGAAGCAGAUCUAGUAUAUAUAUGUAGUAUGACAAUGCUAACAAGUAACAACCACCCCUCACCUCUUCCCCCCAACAACUCCAGCUCUAUAUCUCUAUCUCUCUAGCCAAUAAUUGAUUGUUCGGUUGGUUGGUGUUAUCCUUUUCUGUCCCUCUUCUCCUCUUUCUCUAUAGCUUUCAGAUGGGGGGCACCUUUACAGCAGCCGCGGCGGCGGCGGCGGCACUGGUUCUAGUCAUGGCUGGCUUCUUGGGAGCUGCAAAUGCCAAUGUGGGCGACAAGUGCUCGACGAGUGCGGACUGCGGGGCGGGGCAGUGGUGCUUCGACUGCGAGCCGGAGCUCGCCGGCUCCCACUGCGUCCGCUCCGCCGCCACCAACCCCUUCCAACUUGUUAAUAACUCGUUGCCAUUCAACAAGUAUGCCUAUCUCACGACGCACAAUUCAUUCGCGAUUGUUGGGGAACCGUCGCACACCGGAAUUCCGCGCAUCACCUUCGACAACCAGGAGGAUACAGUCACUGAUCAGUUGAAUAAUGGUGUCCGCGCGCUAAUGCUCGACACAUAUGACUUCAAAGGAGAUGUAUGGUUGUGCCAUUCCAGUGGAGGCAAAUGCAACGAUUUUACUGCAUUUGAACCAGCACUGGACACAUUCAAGGAAAUUGAGGCAUUUCUUUCUGCCAACCCAUCUGAAAUCGUUACGUUGAUCCUGGAAGACUAUGUUAACGCGCCAAAUGGCCUGACGAACGUGUUCAAUGCCUCUGGCCUGCAAAAGUACUGGUUUCCGGUUUCGAAAAUGCCGCAGAAUGGUCAGGACUGGCCUCUUGUUAGCGAUAUGGUCACAAGCAACGAACGUCUCCUUGUGUUCACCUCUGCCAGAUCGAAGCAAGUCACAGAAGGAAUCGCAUACCAGUGGAAUUUCAUGGUUGAGAACAAUUAUGGCGACGACGGAAUGGAUGCUGGCGAAUGCUCGAACCGUGCAGAGUCCGCGCCGCUCAACGACAAGACCAAGUCACUGGUCCUCAUGAACUACUUCCCAUCUGUCCCUGUGAAGCUGACUGCAUGUUUGCAGCACAACAAGGGCCUCACUGACAUGGCUAGUACAUGCUACAGCGCAGCCGGAAAUCGAUGGGCUAAUUUCAUCGCAGUCGACUACUACAAGAGAAGCGAGGGAGGGGGCGCGUUCCAAGCCACCGAUCUGCUCAACGGCAUGCUCCUGUGUGGAUGCCAGGACGUCAAGGCUUGCCAGCGAGGAUCUAGUGUAGUAUGCUCCGCCUGAAUCCGGGGAAAAUAGGACAUGUAGCAACUGCACGUACAUAGAACAAGCGGAGGAACUGGAGAUGCAUGGCGUGAUUGAUGAUUUAGUCUCAAGAUGAGACAAGACAUACUCUUCUUUUUCUUUUGGCUAGAAGAAAGACAUACUUAGGAUCCAGAUUUCCCAAAACCGGAAGUUGAAAAUGGCGGGUUCCCGCAAUGGAAAAAAGUUGAAGAUGUUGGAUAGUGCAUUACAACAGUUGAUUCAUAGAUAUGAUGUACUCUCGGAGACACACAUCAAGAGUUAUUGCUAUAAAUGAAUUAUUACUGGUUUAUUGUUAUGGCUA